AUGGCUUCGAAAAAGGACAUGCGCAGGUUGGACCUCGCCAUCCCCUAUGUCGACCCGCCCGCCAACAAGGAUGAUGCCGAUAUGUCUGGCGCAAUGACCAGCACCUUGCCCAUGGCCGCGAUGUUUACCCGUAACAGGAUGAUCGGGUGGGUCUCAUUCGUAUUUUCGCUUCAGAACUGGCUCGGUGAAACACCCGAUCAGAAAAGGACGGCAUCUACUCCCGGGUAUAUGUCCGUUUUCAUGUCAUUGAUGGCAUUGGUUGUUGUACGUCUCAAGUUCCCUGACUAUCUGCCUUGCCUAGUGAUCGGGUCUGGUACUUACUCAUAUGGCUCUUUCUUCUUCCUCACUUGUCUUCUCCUCAACAACACCUUCCCAGUCACCCUUCAGCUCUCCUACGAACGCUCGCGAUCGCUACAAGGCCCGUUUCGAGAAAAGGCCGAGUUUAUGUCCAUCGAAAACCUCAAGACCUUCGACCCCUUCGCCGAAGCUGACGAAGACACCGGCGAGACCAAGCAGUCUCAAAAUUAUAUCCAUAUACGGAUUCAGCAGCGCAAUGGUCGAAAAACCUUGACUACCGUUCAGGGUCUUCCUAAGAAGUUUGACCAGAAGAAGAUCUUAAAGGUGAUCAAGAAGAAGUUCGCCUGCAAUGGCACCAUCGUCGCUGAUAGUGAGAUGGGCGAGGUGAUUCAGCUGCAAGGUGAUCAGCGUAAAGAUGUUCAGGAGUUCUUGACCGACAAGAAGGAGGGUCUCGAGCUGGAUGCCAAGACUAUCAAGGUCCACGGUUUCUAAAGGAGACGCCGCGCCCCGUUCCGAUCCCUUCUUCCCAGUCUACUUUGCCCUCGGAGUGGUUGGAUAGAAGGCAUGUAUCGCCUAUCCUUCGUCUUAACUCUGCAUUGCGCCCUACGCAAUUGCAGCAUCUAGGUGGUUCGGUUAAGCUUCUUGUCUUUUACCUUCAACCCUCUGUGCCCGGCGUACUGGACCUGGGACCUCUGUCGUUAUUAUGCACUGUCUAAUUUGAUCCCUACCAAUUGCGACACGCGAUUGAUGGGAGUGGGUCCUUUGUGGGCUCGACUGCUAUACUCGGAAUGGGAUUAUGACGGAACGAGGCGUUGGUAGAUACCCAAUAUAUGCAUAGAUGUUCUUCUGUUUCUUACCUCAUCCCUGUCGUUACUCGGCUUGGAGGAAAUACGUGUCGGAAGGUCUGUUGUCAGAUGGAUGUUAUGGAGGUUGCCUGGGGUACGAAGGCCAAUCUCUCGUUUGCACUUGCGUUCUACGUCUUCCACAUGUUGUUUCUGAACUUGUCCUCACAACGCAGUCAUUUUCAGAAUAGGAUGUAUGCAAUGCGAUUUGCAAUCUGCAGUGGAUCUUUUGGGUACCAAUAGGAAUAUAUGUAAUGGUUUUCGCGAGUAACAGAUCAGAAAACUAGGCCAAGGCUCUUCAUUG